CAGCGCCUGCACUUCCAAGCGACCAGCUUCGCUCGCGGCGUGCGCCUUGCGCGCGUGCAGUCGGGAAGCUUUGCAUGUGGGGGCGCAGCCAAGCCAAGCCCCCUGCGCGUCUGCUGUGGGAGGCACGGAACAUCUCCAGCUCUUCCAGGAUCAUCAUAAUCACAAGCGCACCACCACCACCACCAUCCCCACCACCAUUCCUUGUCUGUUCCGCCGCCCGCUUCCACGCCAAACGGAUUGUUUUCGGAGGGGGAGAUGUACGACUGCAUGGAGGCGUUCGCCGUCACCCCGCGGCAACUCUACGAUGUUACCAACCGGAGCCCGUGCAUGCUGCGGAAGUCAAGCCCGUGUUUCGUGGGCUUGGAUCCCUUCGGGUGGCCCCAGCCGGCCAGCUUGCAAUCGGUGGAGACACAGAGCACAAGUUCGGAAGAGAUGGUGCCUAGCUCCCCUUCUCCGCCCCCACCCCCACGUGUCUACAAACCUUGCUUCGUCUGCAAUGACAAAUCAUCCGGCUAUCAUUACGGGGUCAGCUCCUGCGAAGGCUGCAAGGGCUUCUUUCGCCGAAGCAUCCAGAAAAACAUGGUCUACACCUGCCACCGGGACAAGAACUGUCAGAUCAACAAGGUCACCCGCAACCGCUGCCAGUAUUGCCGCCUGCAAAAGUGCUUUGAGGUUGGCAUGUCCAAAGAAGCCGUGAGGAACGACCGCAACAAGAAGAAAAAAGACGUGAAGGAGGAGGUCGUGGUGGACAGCUACGAAAUGACACCCGAGCUGGAAGAACUCAUCCAGAAGGUCAGCAAAGCUCACCAGGAAACCUUCCCUUCCCUCUGCCAGCUGGGCAAAUAUACAACGAACUCUAGCGCAGACCACAGAGUACAGCUGGACCUGGGGCUGUGGGACAAGUUCAGUGAGCUGGCCACCAAGUGCAUUAUCAAGAUUGUGGAGUUUGCCAAACGCCUGCCAGGCUUCACCACCCUCAGCAUCGCCGACCAAAUCACCCUGCUCAAGGCGGCCUGCCUAGACAUCUUGAUGCUCCGUAUUUGCACCCGCUACACCCCAGAGCAGGACACCAUGACCUUCUCGGAUGGGCUGACCCUGAACCGCACCCAGAUGCACAAUGCAGGAUUUGGGCCCCUCACGGACCUGGUCUUUGCCUUUGCUGGGCAGCUGCUGCCUCUUGAGAUGGACGACACAGAGACAGGACUGCUCAGCGCCAUCUGCCUCAUCUGCGGAGAUCGAAUGGACCUGGAAGAGCCGGAGAAAGUGGACAAGCUACAAGAGCCACUGCUGGAAGCCCUGAAGAUCUACGCUCGCCGACGUCGACCCAACAAGCCUUACAUGUUCCCCCGCAUGCUGAUGAAGAUCACUGACCUGCGGGGGAUCAGCACCAAAGGGGCCGAACGAGCCAUCACCCUUAAAAUGGAGAUUCCUGGUCCCAUGCCACCGCUCAUCCGAGAGAUGCUGGAAAACCCCGAGAUGUUUGAAGACGAGUUGUCGCAGCCCCCGCCACUGGCAGAACCCCCCAGCUCCGAGGAGAGCCCUGCAGAUGCCAAGAGCCAGGAGGAGGAGGAAGAGGAGGAGGCCCCCUAGCAUCUCAAAGAGAGCCAGGAUCUAGGCUAGGAAAGGCCGGGAGAAGGAAAAAAA